AUUCAAGCGACCAUUUUAUUUCCUCUCUUUUUCGCUCUCAAACUACUCCCUCGUGUAUUUUCCUUCGUUCCACUUGAACUCAUUUGAGGUAGAGAAGGAUAUAAAGCUGGGCAGCUCGUUUACCUAUUUUAUUUUUUAAAACGCUCGGUACCCGAUAGUGCACGGAAGACAACGGGAUGUCUGACAUCGAUGACUACGAUCGGGCUGAGCGCCAUCGCUCGCGUCGUGGUGUUUAUGACGACGACGACGAGGAAGAAGGCUCGGACACGUUUGAUCAUCGCCCUGCGUUUGACGAUGAUGACGAGGACGAAGAGGAUGAUGAACAGGAUAUGGAAGAGCUGCGUGACGGGACGUGGUGUCUGAUGAUGAGGAACGUCGGCGGAGAAAGAAAAAGAAGAAGAAGCGCCGCCACGCCGAGCGCGACCGGUCACACGACAACGACGGACGACGAUCUGCUGGACGAAGAGGACCUGGCGCUGGUUGCUGAGAAUACCAACCAGGGCUCAUACUCGACAGGCGCAUCGGGGUCAAAGUUUAAGCGGCUGAAGCGCGGGCGCUCGCGGAAGGCCCUUGACGAUGAGGACGAUCUCGAUGCUGAGCUCAAUGACCUAGUCGACAAUGGCGGGUCAGACGACGGCCAUAGCAGACACCGGGAUCGCGGCGGAUACUCUGAUGACGAACGCGGCUAUGGCUACGACGAUAUGAAGCGGUCCGGUGGUGGACGUCGCGAUGACUAUGAUGACGGUCUUGGUCUAUUCGAAAACGACGAUGAUAACGAGUUGGCAGCCGACGACUACCGUUCAAAUCGGCGUAACGACAGACGUCGCGAGGACCGCCAACGCCUGACCCGUGACGGCUACGAGAUGGAUGACGGUAUCGACGACGACCUGGCAGUUGAUGACCGCGGCAGAAGCGGCAGACUGGACGACGAUGGUGAUAUGGGCGUGCCUCGCGCCUUGGGUGGUGAGCGCACUGGCGCCAUGGCCAGCUACUUUGGCGAUAACCUGGAUGGCAUUGAUGACGACACGUGGGCCGAGUUGCAGGAUAUCUUUGGCGACGGCGAGGAGUAUGCGUUUGCCAUGGAGAGUACCCAAGGCGAAAGCAGCCGGUACCGUGAAAAGGGGCUGGACGAGGUGUUUGAGCCUGCCGAGCUCGAGGCCAAGAUGAUGACACAGCGUGACGAGGAGAUCCGUUCGACUGAUGUGCCUGAGCGCAUGCAGAUGCGCGCCACAGGAAGCGACUCUCUGCGCACGCUGACCGAGGAGGAGAUCGAGGAGGAGACGACGUGGGUUGUGCGGCAGCUGCACGUUAUGUUCCAGCGCCAGGAGAGCCUCAGGCCACGGCAGCAGGGCACUGCAGGGUGGAGCGAUUCUGCCGGUGGCUUUGGUGCUGAGCCCCAGGCUGAGCAGAGGACGCUGUUCAAGCAUGCUGAUUUUGCCAACGAGCGCUUCCUGGCUGCUGUACUCUCUGUUCUCAAGCUACUGUCGCAAGAGUUCUAUGAAGUGCCGUACAUUGUGCGCCACCGCCGCGAGAUCUUCGUGACGCCCAUUGCUCCAGGCGAGGACACAGGUGCCUCCGGGUUCAAUGGCGAGCAGAGCGAAGAGCUGCCGACGCGCGAGUGGCUAUCACAUGAUGACAUUUGGAAGCUGUACGACUUUGACCAGCAGUUCCGCGGGUUCCUGUCGUGCCGCCACCAGCUCACCAACCUACUCCGACGCCUGCGUGGUGAAACCAACCGCUCCGAUGAUAUCGCUGAUGACGCGCUUGCGCCGGUGGAGAGCAUAAUCAACAAUGACGACGAAGUCUAUGUGCAAACUCUGACCACCACCGCGACGCGUGUCGAGGACAUCACAGACAUCACCGAGUGGCUGCACUCGCAGUACUCUGAAGUCAUCCGCUCGUGGAAGAACCAGGGGACCUUGAAGCGCUCGCGGGUGCUUGGCAUGUGGGAGCAGGCGAAGCAGUCUGGCAUUGACAAGUUCCUGAGCCGGUUUGGCAUCACAGCUAGGCAGGUCGGCACCAACAUCUUCAACCCUGGCUCGCAUUACAUCGAUGACAACGACUCGGCAGCGACUCCGCUGACGGUUGCUCAGCAGUUCGUUGGGUCUCAUUUCGCCACUGCUGAGCUUGUGGCUCGUGUGGGCAAGUCGAUGUUUGCUCAGUCGCUGGCAGCGGAUCCGCAGAUCCGGCGAUUUGUGCGGAGCUAUUGUGACGAGCACACCUGCAUGAUUACUCGGCCCACCGAGCGUGGGCGGCGAGAGAUCACACACGACGACCACCCGGCGUUUGAAUUCAAGUUCCUCAAGCAAAAGCCUCUGGCCGAGUUCAUGAACAGCGCCCAGUUUAUCGAGAUCGAGAAGGCUGAGAAGGACGGUCUCGUUCGCCUGCAGUUUUCGCUGACUGGCGAGUACCGGUUCGACAACCACGACAUGGGCAGCGAUGACCGGGUGUUUGAGGAGGACAAGGAGCGCACCGCCCAGGUGAUUGCACUGCAAAUCGAGAAGCACGCAGCCGAUGAGUGGAACCGCCUGCGCAGCGAGGCAGUCGCGGCUGCAGUUACUGAGCAUUUGCUGCCGAUGAUUUGGCGCGAGACUACACAGCGCCUGCAGCAGCAGGCGUUUGAUGUGAUUGCCGAUGCCAGCCGCAGGUCCUUGGAGAAUCGCAUUGACAUGCAGCCGGCAAAGAACGCCCGCAUGCUGUCUGGCGAAAAGCCGCGUGUUGUGGUCGUCGGUGGCGGCGGGUUUGAUGCGAGCUCGCGUGGAUCCCUGCGUAUUGUCUAUGUCAACGAGCACGGCAAAUACGUCGAGCAUUUCACAGCCGACUCGAUGCGUCCAAUGAGUGGCAGCAUGGUGACCGAUGGCGAUGGAGUCAAGCCGCUUCUUGAGCUGCUGGGCCACCAGCCAGUCGAGGUUGUCGCGGUUGCUGGCAUGUCGCUGCAGACCAAGCGCCUGUUUGAAGAUGUGAAGCAGGUGGUUAAUGGCCACUGCGCGCGGACAAACGACGAUAUCGUGGUCACCUACGGGAGCGAUGAGGUUGCCCGGCUGUGGUGGGACUGCGAGAAGGCCCGCGAAGAGUUCUCUGAGCUGCGCAAGGAGGAGCGGUACUGCAUCAGCGUUGCCCGUACGCUGCAGGACCCUGCAAUCGAGUAUGCGGCGCUGGGCCGCAGCCUGCUGCAUCUGCCUCUUCAUCCAGCCCAGCGCGACGUUGACCAGGACGCGCUGUUCACUAUUGUUGAGCGUGCCUUUGUCAACAUCGUCAACAAGGUCGGCAUCGAUAUCAACGAGCUGGCGGUGUAUCCGCACAAGCAGGCAAUCCUGCAGUACGUCAGCGGUCUUGGCCCUCGAAAGGCGCAGGCCAUCAUCAGCAAGAUCGGCCCUGGCGAGAAGGUUCUCGAGGCGCGCAGCGACCUUGUUACUAAGCGCCUAUGCACACGUACCGUGUUUGUCAACUGUGCGUCGUUCCUGCGUAUCAGGCCGGCACCAAUGGACAUUCUGGACGACACUCGUAUCCACCCUGAGGAUUACGAUCUGGCGCGCAAGAUGGCCUUGGAUGCGUUGGACAUCGAGGAUGACGAAGAUGAUGACGGCUCGGGGCGCUAUGGCCGCAAGCGAUCGGAUGGUCCGUCGCGCUAUGUGGCAGAGGUCAUGAACCGGUCGCCGGAGAAGCUUGAGGAGCUUGAUCUGGUCAAGUACGCCGAGGAGCUUAAGCGGCUGCUGGACGUGCACAAGCUCGAGACGCUAAAGUUCAUCAAGCGUGAGCUGCAGCAUCCAAACGAUGACCCUCGCAGAGAAUUCGAGCAGCCCAACGACACCAGGGUCCUGCAGAUGCUUACGGGCGAGAUUGUCGGCGACACCAUCAAGGAAGAUGGCACGUGCCUGGUGGCCGGAACAGUUGUGCGUGUACAGCCGCGGUUCGCCAUUGCCAGGCUGGACUCGGGGCUCGAGGGCUUCAUCAGCAUUGCCAAUGUGUCUGACCACAUGAUCGACCAGGUCUCUGACGAGCUGUCGCCAGGCCAGGCCAUCGCGGCCGUGGUCAAGCGCAUCGACCUGGAGAAGAUGUCGUUGGAUCUGUCAAUCAAGCCCAAAGACAUUGAAGGCGCCAAGGAGCAGGGCACGCAGCUGGUGCCUGCUCCCAACAAGAUCGACAUGUUCUUUGACGCUGAUGCGGAGACGAUUCUGCGUGAGCGCGCCAAGGCCGAGCAGCAAAAGUCCAAUUUGCGCACACGGACUAUCCCGCACCCACUGUUCCGGCCCUUCAACGGACGCCAGGCUGAGCAGUACCUGGCCAGCCGCCCCCGUGGCGACUGUGUGAUCCGCCCGUCGUCGCGCGGUGUCGACCAUAUUGCCAUCACCUGGAAGGUCAGCGACGGACUGUUCCAGCAUGUCGAUGUUCAGGAGCGCGGCAAGGCCAACGAUGCCGCGCUGGGAACGACGCUUCUGAUUGGCGACCUGGCGUACUCUGAUCUCGACGAGCUGCUGGCGCUGCACAUUGAUCCGGUUGCGCGCAAGAUGGAGGAGGUGAAGCGCAGCAACAAGUUCUACGACCCCGAGACAGACCCGCUGUACGCGGCCGAGCCGCUAGAGCAGGUUCUUGGCGAGAACGACUUUAGCUCCGACUACAAGUCUCGCCGCCAGACGCUGUGGGAGACACGCAUGGCGCGCCACCUCGAGACCCUGGCGCAGAGCACGGGUCGCGGCUCAUACUGCAUCGCGCUGAGUCUGAGCAAGCCUGGCGCGCUGUCCCUGGCCUUCAAGCCGACCCCAACGUACGCUGGCUUCGAGAAGUGGACCGCGCGUGUCGAGCCCAACGAGUUUAGGCUCGGGGACCGCGGUCGCUACCCCAAUGUCAUGGGGCUCAUCAACGGGUUCAAGGCAAUGCAGAGCAAGGCGGCUACACACCAUGGCAGCGGAUCGGGCAGGACGUCGUCGCGUCCGACGAAUGGCGAUUCCUCGCGUGGUGGCGACCGGUCGUCGUACAGGUCGUCGCAUAGCGGCAGCAGCCGCUGGGGAGCCGAUGACCGUGAGCGCUCGUCGCGCAGGAGCUACAACGACUCGGGCCGUGGCUGGGAGGGUGCCGGCGAUAGCCGCGGGUCGUCAAGACCUGCAUCUUCUGGCGGUAGCGGCUGGAAUAUGUGA